CCACCACCAUACCGAUGGACCGUUGUCCCGACGAAGUCCUGCUUGCAAUCUUUACCCUCUCCUGCGCCGAUGAUGGUACUACCGGUCGCUCUCUCUCGGGCGUCUCUCGCCGCAUCCAUCGCGUCUCGGCCGCCGUGAAGUACAAGUCCCUCGCCGUCCAUGGUGCUGUGCAGAUGAACGCACUCGCCACCCGCCUCGCUCCUCCCGACGACGGAGAGCAUAAGCAGAACGUCAAAUGUUCCACUACAGCAGUUCCGAAAGUCGAACAUCUUCUCUUGUCGAUGAAUCCACCUGAAAAGGUGGAGGCGGAUGAUUCGCCACUGAACGCUGCGGUGACCUCCCAACCCAAGGCCGAGGAUGACGGUAACCGAGACGAAGAAGGGAAAAGCGAAGCUACGGACUCUAGCGACGAAGAUGAUACAACAGAGGUCCUUGAGCGCAAGAGGUUGCGGGAAGCUGCAGACGCCCUUACUCCCCUCCUCGCCCUCGUCGCGCCGACCCUCCGAACUCUGUUUACCGACUUCUGGCCUCAUCCAGACGCAUCGCUUCCAUCUCUGCCCCGCCUCGGCACCCUUUCGCUCCCGCGCGUUGGGACAGUGCUGCGCCUGCCUUCGCCCCUUCCCUCCCUCACCCGCCUCCACCUAACCGCCUGCUCGCGGGUCUCUAGCGCGCGACCCCGCAGGAGCUAUCAAGAAUUCUGGGAAACGCUUGCCGCCUCGCCUAUACACGGGACGCUAUCCCACCUCCGCAUUUCGGGUGUGCAAUUCGGCAAUGCUGCCGAGUUCCUCCGUAUACUGCUCGACGUACCGGUCGACCCGGAAGGCCCUCGCAAGUUGGUGGACCUCGGCGGUGGGCACAUGGUUCGCGUCGCGCCCGUCAUGGGCGCGUACGCGCACUUUCCUCCGGGCUCGGAUAAGGAGCAACGCGCGAUGGAGACGGCUGCGAAGCUGCCGAAGCUGAAGAAUGUGUGGAUUGAGGGGCAGCGGUAUGUAAACGGGGGAGGGUGCGGCACCAACGGUUUCGCGCACAGCGCGGCCUUCUCCGGACUUUGGGCGGUUGCACGGGAGGCGCAAAGACGGAAUGAUGCAGGCAGGCUCGUGAUGCUCCCUAUCAGGGACGGCAACUACGGGUCGGAGCAGCUUUUGGAAGAUUGGCUGAGCUACGUGGGUGGUGGCUCAGGUCCGUGGACGGAGGGUCCCGACAGUUAAACCGUAAACAUCGCAAAAUCCUACAGUCAACGCACCGGAAAUGUGAUGACUUAGAUCUCUCAGAUACUGUCGGCAUUGUCUAUGAAACGCGCGAACUACAGGGUGGUGCGGCUGGAGAAGGAUUGCUGGGCUGCGCUGGAGGAAGUGAACGGAAAUGCUGGGAUUUUUACUGUGUAUUUCCACUGACUCAUCGAAUGAGCACGAAUGGCGACGAAGGGGCAGAAUAGCGAUAAGUAUGUCCGCAUCCACGUCGUCAACGUUCACAAUUGCAACGACUUCAAAUCGGUAUCCGCCUGUGGAUUCGCAGCACAGCCAUGACUUGGACUUCUUUCAUGAGCAUACGUCGUCUCGUGUCUUCGCCGUUUCCACCCGGAACUUGAUCGAUGUCCCCACUGCUCAGCGCUCAGCCUCGGUGCACGGUGUCAAGGCACUCGCUCCCAUACGUAUAUACAUUCUGGUGUUCCAGCCGCUACCUCUGGUUCGCAUUGAAGGCUUCAAGGAACAAAUUCGUCAUUCCCGCUACUGAGCGCGCACCUCCGCUCUCACGAUCAAUACGCUCGUAAAACGUAGGCCGAGACCCAAUCUAAACCACCCCGUACCCGCCGGACCGAAUGCCGUUGUCAAUUCGUGCGCAGUACCACCCGCGUACAUAACGUGCCUCACCAUGAUGUUUUCAAUCAUCAUCUAUGCCCACGACCACCACCAUACUGAUGGACCGCUGUCCCGACGAAGUCCUGCUUGCAAUCUUUACCAUUUCCUGCGCCGAUGAUGGUUUUACCGGCCGCUCCCUCUCCGGUGUCUCUCACCGCAUCCGUCGCGUCUCGGCGCUGGUGAAGUACAGAUCCCUCGCCGUCCGUGGUGCUGCGCAAAUGAACGCACUCGUCGCUCACCUCGCUUCUCCCGACGAUGGAGACUUCGAGCAGAACGUUCCGAAAGUCGAGCAUCUUCUUUUGUCGAUGAAUCCACCGGAGAAGGUGGAGGCAGAUGAGUCGGCAUCGAAGGUUGCGGUAACCUCCCAACCCAAGAACGAAGGUAAUGGUGCCUCAGAUGAUAAAGGAACAGGCGAAGGUACAGAUUCUAGCAAUGAGGAUGUCCCGAAGGUCCUUGAACACAACAGAGCUCAAGAAGCUGCAAACGCCCUGACUCCCCUCCUCGCCGUCGUCGCGCCCACCCUCCGCACUCUGUUUACCGACUUUUGUCCCAAAUCAGACGCAUUGCUGCCAUCUCUACCACGCCUCGCCACCCUUUCGCUCCCGUCCGUUGAGUCCAUGCUGCGCCUGCCUUCGCCCCUACCCUCUGUUUCCCGCCUCCACUUGACAUCCUGCUCGCAGGUCGACAGCGCGCGAGCCCACAGUGGUCGUCAACCAUUUUGGGACAUGCUUGCCGCCUCGCCUAUGCACGGGACGCUCUCCCACCUUCGCAUUUCCGGCGUACAAUUCGGUGAUGUGGCCCAGUUCCUCUGCGUCCUGCUUGACGUACCGGUCGUUCCGGAAGGCCCUCGCGAGUUGGUGGACCUCAGUAGUGGGCAAGUGCGUUGCAUCUCGCCGGCUUUGUUGAACGCGCACGCGCACUUUCCUCCGGGCUCGGAGGACGAGGAACACGCAAGGGAGACGGCUUCGAAGCUGUCAAAGCUGAAGAACGUGUGGAUUGAGGGGCGGCAGUAUGUGAACCGGGGAUGGUGCGGCACCAAUAGUCUUUUGCAUGGCGCGGUUAUAUUCGAAAUUCAGGCCGUUGCACGGCAGUCACAACGACGGGACGAUGUGGGAAGAGUGGUGAUGCUUCCCGUCAGGGAUGGCGAAUACGGGUCGGAGCAGCUUUUGGAGGAUUGGUUGAGCUAUGUGCAUGGUGGCCCGGGUCCUUGGACGGAGGGUCCCGACCUUUGAGUCGCAAACAUAGCAAACCUCGCCAGUUAGCGCACCGGUAAUGUGUUGACUAUAUCUCUCAGAUACUAUUGGCAUUGUUGGAUUACGUUGGCGGAAGUGCGGGAUGUGAACGGGGAUGCUGGGCAAUUUACUGUGUAUUUUUAUUUUCAGUCGGCUCGUGCUAUCCGGUCGAAGCCCGCUGCCUGGAGGUCGUUUCGCGGCUUGAGAGCUCGAGCUUGAGGAACCUGUCAUCUAUGCCACUGUGUUUCUCUUCUACGUUCCUCACUUCUGCUCUUCUACAAGAUGUCUGUACUCUCUGUCAAUCAUCUUGAUUUCAUAUACGUACUUGCGACCUAUCCUGCCUUCGUAUUUAGGUGAUCUCUAUCUUGCGGCAACCGAAAAAACACGCGGCAGGACGGACCUACAG